CUCACGGCGCCUUUUCUCCCUCGCCUACCUCUUUUCCCCCUCCCCUUUUGAAUCAUGGCCGCGCUCCUCCUCCCACCACCACCACCACCACCACCACCAUCCUCUCCUCCCCGCCACUCAGUCUGUUGCGGGCCCAUCAGAAACCCUAGAAUUCUUCCCUUCCCUUGCCCCUUUCCCGUUCUCUAGUCCCCGUGUCCCGCCCUCUUUUCUCCCUCCCUCCCUCCGUUGCUUCUUUCGCUUAUCGAUCUUCCGUUGUUUCUUGUUUCUCCUGUCUUGAUGACGAAUCUUUCGGAGAUAGUUUCGGCCGACAAGGAGAGGAUGAGGGUUCUCGCAAUGCGCGGCCGGAACUCUGUCUUCCGGAAGGUGGAGAAGGACGUUGAUUAUGAGGAUGAUGAUGACGACGACGACGACGAUGAUGUUGUUGGGGCGCGGGAUGGGGGGCAGGAGGAGGAGGAGGAGGAUGAAGAGGAUGAGGAGUUUGAGGAGGUCGUGGAGGACGACGGACUCUACCUGACGCCGCUCAAUUUCUCUAUGGUCGACUCCGGAAUCUAUCGGUCGGGGUUCCCGCAGCUGGGGAAUUUCACGUUUCUGGAAACCUUGGGGCUCCGGUCGAUCAUAUAUCUAUGCCCGGAACCUUACCCAGAACCUAAUUCUGAAUUUCUGCGUUCUCAUGGCAUCCGGCUUUUCCAGUUUGGGAUAGAAGGAAACAAGGAGCCUUUUGCCAGCAUACCUGUUGACACUAUAAUGGACGCCCUUGUGGUUCUGACAGAUCCUAAAAAUUACCCCCUUCUUGUUCAUUGCAAACGUGGAAAGCAUCGUACUGGUUGUCUUGUGGGGUGCUUUAGAAAAUGGCAAGGUUGGUGCUUAUCGUCAGUUUUUGAGGAAUACCAGCGUUUUGCUGCUGCCAAAAGCAGAGUUUCGGACCUGAUGUUCAUCGAGAUGUUUGACGUUUCUGCCUUGAGGCAAACUCUGAAUGCUGCCAGCCUGACUCUACCUCAUGUAAGCUCUCCUCAAAUGAAGCAUACAUAUUAGGCAGAUAGCGAGAGGUUUUCAUUAAUGCUCACAACAUCCUUACUUUGCCUUUUUUGUUUUCCCUUUGCUCUGUAUACGGGAUAUAAGAUGCCAAUCUGGUUGUAGAUUGAAUUUUUGACCCUCAAAAUGAAACUGUUUGGGCAGAAUUACUAUUCAUUUUAGGCAGACGCUCAAUUUUUUCCACUGUACGCUUGUAACUUCAUUUCGAAAGAAGGCAUAAUUUCUCUUCUUGCUUAA